GGCACGUGCGAUACAUGGAUUGGUUGUCGUGCAUGGAUUGCCUUGUACAUUGUGCAUUUAGUGAUUUACAAUUUUGAUAUUGGAACAUUUAGUACAUAAGAGACUCCAGGAUGUGGCGCAUUGGUAUCAUCUGUUUACUGUUGGUAUCCUCAAACACAGCGAGUCCUGGCAAAAAACGGAGCAAAUACGUAACAACACUGAUCAACGCUAAUUGGAGGGACACUCCAAUUAUUCUAGAAGCAGCUGAGUAUUUAAACGAUAAGAAUCCCAAUUAUUUUUGGAAAUUCAUAGAUACGGUAUCUCGCAACAGCGAUGCAAAUGCUCUUGAUGCUCAUGAAGAAACAGAUAAAGAGAGAUAUGAUAGAUUAAUUAAUCAUACGAGUAAUUUUCUCACAUCAACAGAGAAUGCUCUCCUCAAAUUAUCGCUGUCCCUCAGGACUUAUUCCGCUCGCAUCGAGAUGUUCUCACAAAUGGGCGAGAAUAGAAGAACCGAAAAAGUUGAAGCCUGCAACAAUUUUGUUGAUGUUCAUGGAGAGCUGACGUGUAGUUCCGAUGAAGUAGAGAAUUUGUUAGAAUCCAUAGAGAAUAGAAUUGAUGGUGAUGAUGAUGAUGACGAGGAGAGGACUGUGUAUUCGCUGGAUCAUCAGUAUCCAGUGCCACUGUCAGGACAAUCAGAAUCAGGAGGGAAGUCAAAAAUAACUGGUAAAUAUGUGAUUCUUUACGGGCAAAUUGGAUCCGUUGGCUUCAGCGAUUUCCACGAAAAAUUGAAGGGCUUAGCUGACGCCAAAAAAAUCGUUUACAUCCUUCGACAUUACGUCAGAGAUCGUCCAGAGCAUCAUCUGAGAUUAGGAGGAUAUGGGGUUGAACUGCACAUGAAGUCUACAGAGUACAAAGCAACUGAUGACUCAGACAUCAAAGAUAAUUCGGGAAAAGAAGAAUAUGAGAAUGAAGGGGUCGAAGAAAUCAAUGGAAUUAACUUUGGUGUACUGAGAAGUCUUUAUCCGGACAAACACGCAGAGCUUGACAAAUUUGAGAAACAUCUUCUUGAGACGAGCGAUGAGAUUGGGGCUUUAAAAGUCUGGCAGUUCCAGGAACUCAGUCACCAGGCUGCCGAAAGAAUAAUGAAAUCUCCGUCGCAGGAGGCUAUAAAAGUCCUCACAGAUAUUGCUCAAAACUUUCCAAUGCAGGCGAAAUCAUUAAUUCGUACUAAAGUCAGUAGUGAGAUGAAGAAAGAAAUAAAGAGAAAUCAAGAGUUGUUUUUUGGAAAUUUGCAUAUCCAACCAACAGACACAGUAUUGUUCAUAAAUGGUCUCUUCUUCGAUUUAGAUACAAUUGACAUUUUAGGAUUACUGGAGACCCUUCGAGCUGAGCUCACAGUGAUGGAAACACUCCACAAAAUCGGAGUGAGCAGCAGCAAAAUGGAGAAACUCCUGGCUCUAGAUCUGUCUGGCUCUCAUUCCUCAGACAAUAAUCAAGAUUUUGCCAUUGACAUCAGGGACUCUGCAGUCAUUUGGGUAAACGAUCUGGAGAAUGAUUCACGGUACAACCGAUGGUCUCCAAGUUUAACGUCACUGCUGCGUCCAACUUUUCCAGGGAUGCUGAGAAAUAUUCGGAGAAAUCUGUACAAUUUGAUUCUCAUCAUAGAUCCACUGAGCCCUCUUUCGAAGCCCCUGAUAGCGACUGCAGAAACACUUUACGCACAUUCAGCACCGAUCAGAGUUGGAUUUGUCUUCAAUACAAAUUUUGAUCCGUCGUUGACAGGACAGAGUGAUCCGAGCAUCGCCGUCAACAAUGCUUUUCAUUAUUUACUCGAGAGUAAAAGUGCCAAGGAGGCUGUUUACUUUCUCUCAGUUUUACUGAACGACAUUGAGAAGAGGAAAUCUUCUGGAAACAACGAUAAUGAUUCGUCUGAAAAUGGGGUGGAAGUAUCUGACGUCGUAAAAGCCCUGCGAUCGAGAGACCCAUCGGCAGAUGUUGACGAUAUAUUCGGCGAAAAUUCAGACUACGAUGUCGGAAGACCCUGGGCUGAUGAUUUUAUCAGGAGGACUGGUUUCAAGGUUUUCCCCCAGGCACUAUUGAAUGGUGUCCCACUGGAAGGUAUCUCCAGUAUAGUGGACGGUGAGUCCCUCGAGGACAUUAUUUUAAAAAUGAUUUUUUCCCAGACACCGAUGCUGCAAAAAGCUGUUUACAAAGGCGAAGUUACUGAAGGGGAUGACAUCGUUGAUUUCAUGAUGAAUCAACCGAACGUUAUGCCAAGAUUGAAUGAGAGAGUGCUUAAAAAUGAUAAGACACAGUGGCUAAACUUAGUUGGGGAAGUGCCCACUACGGAGGACGUAUCCACGUGGGGUCCCGAGGAUACUUCAGCUUGGAUUAUCAAAAACUCGAACUACUUGUACAUGCCGAGGAGAAAGAAGUCCCAGCAUCUUUACACGUACUGGAUUGUAACGAAUUUGGAACAUCCGGAUGGGAGGCUGUUACUCCGCGAAGCUUUGGAGUAUCUCAAGUCUAAUGCCGACGCGAGAUUAGCAGUCAUUCUCAACAGCAAUGUUGAUCAAGACGACAGCGUUAACAUUAGUGUAAAUAAAAUCGUCCUGUCGGUAUUGAGCGCUGAUUAUCCAGCAGAAAACCACAAUAAAAUUAUUCGUUAUAUUCAGGAGGUGAUAGGGGAGAAGAACGCUGCUUUGAUUGAAAAGGGAGAGUUUGAUCGUAGUAAAUACCAUGAACACAUCGGGACUGAUUUCGAUGAGAACGCGAAUCAUGAGUUUAUGCUGAAGGUCCACAAGCAUUUUGCUAAUAUUGUGUUGAGAAUGGAUGAAUCCUCGACGACUCAGCGUGCUGUGAUAUGCAAUGGAAGGAUCAUUGGACCCUUGGAUGAUGGGGAAAAUUUUUCGAAUCAAGAUUUCGCACUGCUGGAGCGUUUUAGUCAUAGUACGUAUGGGGAGAAACUCAUCACCAAUUUGGAGAAAAUUCAUGCGAGUGAUGAUGAAGAGGAGCAGGACAUCUCUGAUGACGUUAUCAUGGAGAUAGCAUCUUUACUUGUACCAAGACUACAGACACGCAGCCGAUACGAGGUGCUUUCAGGUGGAGAGGACCACAGUGUUGUCAAAAUACCUGCCAGUAAUCCUGAUCAAGUUGCUUUCAAUAUAAUUGCUAUUGUGGAUCCGGUGUCCCGGGGUGCUCAGAAGUUGGGCACUAUAUUGAAUACACUCCAGCAGGCGCUCAAUUGUAACAUCAAAAUUUUCUUGAACUGUGUCGAUAAAAACAGCGACAUGCCACUCAAAAAUUUCUAUCGAUUCGUUUUCGAGCCUGAACUUCAGUUUAAUUCUGAUGGACAGCUGGUUGGAGCUAGUGCCAAAUUUAACAAGUUACCAACGUCGUCACUUUUGACGCAGAAUAUUCAUGCCCCUGACAACUGGAUGGUUCAGGUUGUUAAGAGUGUUUAUGAUUUGGAUAAUAUCAAGUUGGAUAAUGUGGCCAUAGGAGUUCACAGUGAAUUCGAACUCGAAUAUCUCCUUCUCGAAGGCCACUGCUUCGAAGCUACCAUGGGCAAUCCUCCCCGAGGUCUUCAAAUAACUCUCGGUACUGAAACACAUGCAAUGGUGGAUACGAUCGUGAUGGCGAAUCUCGGGUAUUUCCAGCUGAAAGCAAAUCCUGGCGAGUGGAUUCUCCGCCUUAGACACGGUAGAUCAGCAGAAAUUUACAACAUAACUUCGGUGGAUGGUCAUGACGUUAUCCAGAACGGUAACGGUGUUAGAGUGCUCAUCAGUUCGUUGAAGAGUCAUGUCCUCAAACUGAAAGUUACGAAGAAGUCAGAUAAACUGGAUAUGGAUCUUCUGGCUGAAGAUGAUGACAAAAAAUCGGGCAUUUGGAAUUCAAUCUCGAGCUUUUCCGAUUAUUGGACAUUCGGAAGUGACGACGCUGAGGAACAGGAAGAAAAAAUUAACAUAUUUUCUCUGGCGUCAGGUCAUUUAUACGAGAGAUUCUUGAAAAUCAUGAUGCUCAGUGUGUUAAAACACACCAAGAGUCCAGUGAAAUUUUGGUUCUUGAAGAAUUAUCUCUCUCCAACGCUGAAGGACUUCUUACCGCACAUGGCAAAGGUGUAUGGAUUCGAGUAUGAAUUAAUUCAGUAUAAAUGGCCGAGAUGGCUCCAUCAGCAAACUGAAAAACAGAGGACCAUUUGGGGAUACAAAAUUCUCUUCUUGGACGUAUUGUUCCCCUUGGAUGUUAAGAAAAUCAUCUUUGUCGAUGCCGAUCAAGUGGUCAGGGCAGAUCUGAAGGAGCUCGUUAAUUUGGAUCUCGAAGGAGCCCCCUACGCUUACACACCGUUCUGUGAUAGUAGAAAAGAGAUGGAUGGUUUUAGAUUUUGGAAACAAGGGUAUUGGAAAACCCACUUACAGGGUAGAGCUUAUCACAUCAGUGCACUUUAUGUUGUUGAUCUCAAACGUUUUCGUCGUAUUGCUGCUGGAGACAGAUUGAGAGGGCAGUAUCAAGCUCUCAGUCCAGAUCCUAAUAGUUUAUCAAAUUUAGAUCAAGACUUGCCAAAUAAUAUGAUCCAUCAGGUGGCUGUUAAAACCUUGCCGCAGGAGUGGCUGUGGUGCGAAACUUGGUGCAGUGAUGCCUCGAAAAAGUACGCGAAAACCAUCGAUCUGUGUAAUAAUCCAAUGACUAAAGAAGCGAAGCUCCAAGCAGCAAUACGCAUUCUCCCAGAAUGGACGGGCUACGAUGAAGAGAUCAAGGCGCUACAACAUGCGAUAGAAAAUGAAAAUAAACAGACUGAUAAAGAAGAGAAAGUCGAUUCAGACGAUCAGACAAAGCACGAAGAAUUAUAAUCUAAGAAAAUUGUAAUAUUUCAAAGAUUGGGGAAUCGGCAAGGAAUUCCCACGAUGCACUAGGGACGACGGUGCAUAGUAUCCCAUACUAAAGUUACGAAUGCUGCCAUCAGUUAUUUUUGUUAAUUUACACCAACAGAAACAUCUUAAUGUAUAGGAAAACAAUUUCAAAGUUUUUCAUGUUUCCCAAUAAAUCGUAAGAGUUUUGUUAUCAGUUUCUUUCUAGGAAUUUUCAAAUCACUCCUCGAUCUAUUUAACAGUUAUAAGGACCUUUCGCUUUGUAUGAUAAUUGCAAUAUUUUCUUUUUCAACUGGUCAAUCAAUUUUGUAAUGUACAUCAAAUUCAAUCCAAUUGUAUUUAGAGCGGAGAAUUUAAUAAAAAUCAUAAUUUGGAUAUU